AUGAAGUUCCCCUGGGCGGCCGGGCUCGCCGGGGCUCUCUUCUUCUCCGCCGCAUCUGCUGAGGACUUGUUCGAGGCGUCGUCUAUGACCCCAUGUUCGACUGAUGGCAAAAUCUCCGUCAAUCAUUUCAGUGUCGUCUUUACACCAGGAAACUCUUCAGCAACAAUCGAAUUCGAUGGCAAAAUUGAUUAUACCGGCAAAUUUAAGAUCGAAGUCUCCCUUUUGGUCUAUGGAUACACUGCGCUCACAAAGCUCGUCGACCCGUGUACCCUCUCAAGCAAUGGAUUGGGCAUGUGCCCAAUCUCCGCAGAACAAUUAACAAUUCCAACCGCUUCAUUGACUAUCGAUUCUUCUAUUCUUGGCGAUAUUCCAAGCAUCGCUUAUACUGUCCCUGAUCUCGAUGCAAUCGUGCGCCUCAACUUGGUCAAUUAUACAACCGGCGAUGCAAUCAGUUGUAUCGAAACACGCGUUCUGAAUGGCAAGACGGUUGAUCAAUCGGCGGUCGCCUGGAUCACCGCUAUCAUCACGGGGCUGGGCCUCAUCACCACAGUGGUGAUUUCGAUUUUGGGUCACACCGUGAUCGCCACCCACCUCAAUUUCCGAACCAUGCUAUUUUUGGGUUUCAUGCAAACCCAGGCCAUUGCGGGCAACGCCGCUGUCAACUUCCCUCCGAUUGUGCAAUCAUGGACGCAGACUUUCCAAUGGACCAUGGGCAUCCUCCACACCACCGCUUUACAAAGCAUUGCGACAUGGUUUCAACGGGCCACCGGCGGAACCCCUGCCGAUUUACUGACUUUAACUGGAAAGGAAUCCAUUUAUCUUGCGAAGCGCUCCACCACCACCACCACCGGCGGAACUGAACAAACUGUGAGAGGUAUUGAGCGGGUCGGUUUCCGGGCGAACAUUGAAUCUUCCAACAUUUUCAUGACGGGUUACCUCUUCUUUUACUUUGUCGCUGUUCUCAUCAUUCUAUCGAUCCUGUUCUUGCGACUCGUUUUACCCGCUUUAUCCCGCAAGAUCAACAACAACAAGCUGGCACAGGCUGCCAACGCUACAUCGGAGUGGCAAACGUUCAUGCGAGGCAGUCUCUACCGAGUUGUUUCGCUGGGAUACCCUCAGAUGUGUGUCAUUUGCAUGUGGGAGUUGAUUCAGCGAGACUCCGCCGCGGAGAUUGUUCUGGCAAUCACAAUGUGGUUGGUCAUGAGCAUUGUUCUGCUGUACGCCGGAUUCCGAGUUUUCCAGCGCGCGAAAGCGUCCAAGGCUUUGAAUGAGCACCCGGCUUAUACGCUCUAUUCGGACCCUGUCACCUUGACAAAGUGGGGUUUCUUAUAUAUCAACUAUCGUGCGCAGGCAUACUACUUUAUCAUUCCGGUCAUGACAGCCACAGUUGUUCGGGGUAUGAUCACCGCUUUCGCGCAAUCCGCAUGGAUCCCGCAGGCCGUGGUGCUUCUCGUGGUGGAAGCCGCCAUGAUGGUUAUCACCAUUAUCAUCAAGCCGUACAUGGAUCGGGCCGCCAAUGGAUUCGCCAUCACCGCGACCGUGCUCAAUUUCGUGAACGCGAUCUUCAUGCUCGUCUUUUCGAACGUCUUCAACCAACCUGAAAUGAUGACUUCCAUUAUGGGUGUGCUUUGGUUUAUUUUCAACGCGGUGUUCACGUUGGCAUUGUUGAUCUGGCUCCUCAUCGGAUUUUUCUAUGCCUUCACUCUUAAGGAACCGGAAGGAAAGUACAAGCGUCUCUCAGACAACCGCGAAUCUUUCCGCCUGUCCGGAUUUGAAAACCGGAUGACGACUGAGCUUCUCCCACUAGAGAAGACGGCCCGAGGCGACGACAGUUCUAGCAGACUUGGAUCUCGCUGGAAUAUCGACGAAACCGGCCAUGCCGAGUCAAACCACGAACUGAACAUGUCUCUGGGCCACCAGGGUUCCCGCUACAACAUCGAUGACCGAUCACCAACUCAUACAAACGAGAAGCUGGCCGGGCCUCCGCGAUCGCCCGCUCACGACGUUUUAGAACCUACUCUCCCUUUGAUCCCCACAAGCUCCGAUAACUCUGGAAGGCGAUCGCCCGCCUCUCCAGCUUACAACCAUCCAUCAAGACGGUCAUGA